CAGAAGACACAGAAGCUGUAUAUAAAAAGGAUGAAAAUCUUUAUCAGAGCAAUACAACUAAAAAUGCUUUCUUGUUCUGUAAUAAAAGAUCAGAUGAUUUUAUAAUAGAUCAAAUAGAAGGUUCUGAAAUAAAUCUAAACAUAGUGAUGAGCAAUGUUAGAUUAGGUGAUUCUGAAGAAAUAGUUGAAACAGAUUUAAAGACAUUACGUAUAGAGGAUGAGAAGAUCUAUAAUAUAGCAGAGGAAACUGACUGUAUGCAGUUUAAGGAGGCAGUGGAAUUAAGAAAACGUUAUAAAGAAUUUAAACUUAGUUUAAAAAAAGAACACAGUAAUAUAGAAAAUACAUCUCUAAGUAUAUAUAAUAACCCUUAUAGAUUAUCAGAUGAAAUAGAGGAAAUUCUAAAAAAGAUAAAGUUGAGUAGCAAUAAAGAAGUGAUAAAGAAUAUGCAGGUUGUAAAGCAAGAAGUAGUUAAGAAAAUAGUAAAUAAAGAGGCAGUUCAAAAACAGGCUCACACAGUGCAAGGUGAAACCAAUUAA